GGAUACGGUUACGCUUCGCCACUGGAUGCCAUGAAAGGCCCCAGAGAAAAGCUGAUGUAUGUAGUGUGUUCUUUAAACGGAACUGAGCCCCGGCAACCUGACUAUUUGGCCACAGUGGACGUGGAUCCGGAAUCACCAUGUUACAGCCAGGUCAUCCACCAUCUGCGCAUGCCUUACCUGGGUGACGAACUCCAGCGCUCGGGCUGGAACGCCCCCGUCAGCACCUUUGGGGACACUGGCGUUGAGCGUAACUGCCUUGUCCUCCCAUGCGUGGGCUCCGGCCGUGUUUAUGUGGUGGACACGGGAUCCGAUUUGUGCGCUCCCAGCUUGUGCAAAAUCAUCGAACCCCGGGAAAUCAUCAAGAAAACUAAGUUGGGUUUCUUGAACAGCUCGCAUUGCUUAAGCAGCGGGGAGGUUAUGAUCAGCGCCAUUGGAGACACGUUCGGCAAUGGAAGAGGUGGAUUUCUCCUUCUGGAUCCGGAAACUUGGGAAGUGAAAGGGACCUGGGAGUGUCCAGAAGAUGCACCCGUCGGGUUGUUUGACUUUUGGUACCAACCGCGGCACAAUGUCCUGAUCAGCUCCGAAGUGGGAGAUCCCAAGUUCAUUGUCAAUGGGUUCAACACAGACAAUCUGAGAAAAAGGCGCUAUGGCUGUCACCUCAACAUCUGGGACUUUACCACCCACCGACUCCUUCAGUCAAUCGAUGUGGGUGAAGAUUCGGGCCCGCUGGAGAUCCGCUUCUUGCACAAUCCCAACUCGACCCACGGUUAUGUGGUCUGCCCUCUGGAGAGCUCCAUCCACCAUUUCUUCAAGACUGAGGACGGAUGCUGGGCGGCUGAGAAAGUGAUCCAAGUCCCGAACAAGAAAGUAUCAGGAUGGCUCUACCCCGAAAUGCCAGGGUUUCUUUUCGCUAUGCUCAUCUCCCUGGAUGACCGCUUCCUCUACUGCAGCAACUGGGUGCAUGGUGAUGUCCGCCAGUAUGAUAUCACAGACCCGCACUGUCCCAAACUUGUCGGACAGGUGUUUCUUGGGGGCUCCAUUGUGAAAGCGGGUCCUGUAACUGUCCUUGAGGAUCCAGAGCUGGACUGCCAACCUGAUCCCUUUGUGAUCCAGGGCAAGAAGGUCCAAGGAGGCCCACAAAAGCUUCAGCUGAGCUUGGACGGCCGCCGUCUCUACGUCACCAACUCUCUUUACACGCCUUGGGACAAGCAGUUUUAUCCCAAGUUGAUCAAGGAAGGCUCGGCAAUGGUCCAGGUGGACGUGGACACCAAGAAGGGCGGCCUUCGCGUAAACCCGGAAUUCCUGGUGGAUUUCGGGCAUGAACCGUGUGGUCCGGCACGGGCGAAAGACAUGCGCUACCCUGGUGGGGAUUGCACCUCCGACAUCUGGGAGUAG